CACUAUCGAAAUUGCAAAAUCGCGUUUUUUUUUUAUUGCAGUUGUUAAUAGAGUUAAUAAUAGACUUUUAGGAGAGUUUAUCAUUUUUUUAUAAAUUAUAUAAUUAAUGAAAUUUUGAAUCGAACAAUAUCGUUUCUUCACAUUGUGAGCGACGAACACAAUCGAUUCCGGCACAUUCGGUACUGUUCUACCACGACGGUUUACGAUCGCAGUGCGAAACUACCCGGGUCGCUAGUAUUCGCCGCGAUGUGAAUGAGUGAGGGCGUGCCUUUAGGCUAGGUUAAGUUUUAGUUCGAUUAUAUAAAUUUAAUAGUAUUUUCUAAGUAAACAUAUAAACAUGAAUACGCGUGGUAGACACCUAGUUAAUUUGGUAAAGGGAACCGAGCAACAGCAGCAAUUUGAAUCAUUAAAUGUAACAAAUGACAAGCGCCCCGAAUCUCCGGUACCUUAUGAAGAGUACACCGAAGAAGAAAGUAGAGUUUUAAAUAAUAUUUAUGACGACAUAUUUCCCAAUUCACCUCCAAGGCAUGGUGAGAUUAGUUAUAGUCUAGACGAGAAGUCGUGCGAAAUAUUUCCUAUAUCAUCUCCAAGGCUUGGUGAGAUUACUUUUAGUAUUGACGAGAAGUCCUGCAAUGUUCUGACCGACUGUGUAAUUCAGGUUACACCUAUACCAUUAGCCUCCUCUGAAGAAACCUUGAAUCUCGUAACUAAACCAGAUGACAUGUUAAACACCAACCAAAAACAUACACCAAUGCCGUCACCUUCAUCAGGACAAGACUUCAGCUGCGAAUCACCAUACCAUGCCCUAAACAAUGAAAUACAAAACAUAGACGAGGUCCUAACAACUCCGCAAACAGCUAAUGACUCUUUAAAUAUUCCAAGUAUUAGUUCCUUGAUUUCAGCAUCUGACAUUGAGAAUCCUGAUACUCCUAGUUCAUCCAUUAUGCGCAAACGAAACAAAAGCUGCAAAACUGAUCCUGGUCGUAAACGAAAACGACAGCAAAUUAGCACACAGUAA